GUGAGAUGAUAUCAAAAAACACAGAAAGCACGAUUAAUGGCAAAGCAUCUACUAUGUAAUGCAAUACGCUGUUUUCCCCUAUUCCGUUAUUUUUUUCCUUACAAUGUCCCCCAUCUUACCCGUGACUGUUAUUUCUUAGCUGAGGGCCGUAGGCAGAGGAGAGAUGUUGUCUUCCUGCUGGAUGGAUCGGAUGGCACUAGGAAUGGGUUCCCAGCAAUGAAAGAGUUUGUGCAAAGAAUGGUGGAGAGAUUGGACAUAGAUGAGAACAGAGACCGCGUUUCUGUGGUCCAGUACAGUGGAGACACAGAGGUCCAUUUCUAUCUUAACACGUACACGACAAAGGAAGACAUUCUUGACAGUGUCAGAGGUCUGAGGCACAAAGGAGGCAGACCCCUCUACACGGGGGCCGGUCUCCAGUACGUCAGAGACAAUGUCUUUACUGCCACCUCUGGCAGCAGGAGACUGGAUGGUGUGCCGCAGAUACUGGUUUUGCUUAGUGGGGGAAGGUCAUCUGACAGUGUUGACGCAGCAGCCUCCUCUCUGAAAGAGCUUGGAGUUUUGACCUUUGGAAUAGGAUCGAGGGGCUCUGAUAGCAGAGAAUUGCAGAGAAUUUCAUCCGACCCCAAUUAUGCCCUGACCGUGUCCGACUUCAGUGAGCUUCCGAAAGUCCAAGAGCAGCUGCUAGCCUCUGUCAAGGCUGUUGCAAUUCCCAUCACUCCAACAUCACCAGCUGUCACCGGUAUGUGCAUGGCAGAACGUCAUAGUACACUGUGUCUCGCCUUCCUACUUCAUGCCCUCCCUUUUUUCUUUCCCCUUUGUUUUCUUUAUAUAAAAAUUUGUGAGCAGUGGGAAUGUUAGCCAGAGCUUGGACUG